AUGAAACGGCUGCUAUCGGUAUUUAUCGAUCAUCGACUGCUCAAAACCUUUAGCCGCCAUUUCUGCAACCGGUGGCGUAGGUUCGGCGAUGUCCCGGCUGGCUGCUGGCCGAUAGCGAACAAAAUGAAUCAGUCGGCUGCUCAAAACGGUCAGUUCAGCCGUUGCCUUAAUCAGAAUGUCAACUACGAUACGCAUCGUCGCUGGGAACCGGUCCGAGGGAAUGGAAACAAUAGUUCAAAGGGUUACAAACCAAAAAACUCCUCGAAUUUGUGCGCCAGGGAACGGGUCGAGUUUACGCUGAUGAGCUACAACAUAUUGGCGCAAGAUUUGCUCAAUUCUCAUGUCGCACUUUACAAUGAGCACGAUCCGCAGGCGCUUCCGUGGAAGCAGCGCUCUAAAAGACUGAUGGCAGAGAUAGACACCGUCAAGCCGGAUAUACUUUGCGUACAGGAACUGCAGGAGUCUCAUGCCGAUUCGUUUUGCACAGGGUUGAAGCAGGAUUACGGCAUGCUGUACAAAAAGCGAACGGGUGGUGACAAAACGGACGGCUGUGCACUGUUUUAUCGGCGCGAUCUAUUCGAUCUCGUCACUCACCAUAAAGUAGAAUUUUACCAACCCAACGUUAAUAAAUUGAACCGGGAAAAUGUAGCUAUUAUAGCAAAACUGUCGCUGAAAGCAAACCCACGAGCCAGGCUCAUCGUUUCAACUACCCACCUUCUUUACAAUCCGAAGCGGCAGGACGUUCGGUUAGCCCAGGUGCAGGUUCUGUUGGCCGAAAUAGACCGUCUUGCGUUUAGUGGCACGAUGCCAAACGGAAUACCCCGGUACGAUCCCAUCAUAUUGUGCGGUGAUUUCAACCUGCAGCCGUUCACUGCACCGUACGAGUUGCUGACCAAAGGGUACUUGCGCUACGACCGGCUGGAAUCGCGCUCACUCAAACCAGCAACUUCCCAGCGACACGGUUACAAUGAAAAGCUUGGCAAAUAUUUCCUUCCGCCGGCACUGGGAAUUACCGACCAGUGUCAGCACAAUGCGUUACGUGACCGGGAGAAAGCUCACCCUGGUCAGAUUCCACCUUCGCACAUGACAAAGCUUCACAAUUCAAACCAUCGCCAUGAUAAAUCGGCUACGAAUGGUUCGGAAACCAGUGCGCCGGAUUUAUCCCCGUCCAAGCCUGGCACGCGUAGCGAUUUUUCUUCCGGUUCGCUGAGCCACCGUUUUGUGCUAAACUCCGCCUACCAUCAUUAUGGACCUGAAGCGGAAGAACGACAACAGGCGACGACGUUUCAUUACGAAUGGGUCACGGUUGACUAUCUGUUCUACACGCCGUACCGCUCGGUGGCGGAAUGUAAUCGUACACUGCCCAACUGGAAUCUGGAGCUGCUGAAAAUCUACUCGUUGCCAACCGUGCAGCAGUGCUGUUGGGAGAUUGGCUACAUACCAAACAAGCUGUACGGUUCCGAUCACUUUUCGUUGGCCGGUCGCUUUUUGCUUACCAUUCCCAAAGACGAACAGUGA